AUGCUUGAGAAAGACUUGGACUCAAUCAAAGAACAACUACCCAAACUCGAUCAAGCUAAUCAAACGGAAAUGCUUGAGAAAGAAUUGGACUCAAUUAAAAAACAACUACCCAAACUCGAUCAAGCUAAUCAAAUAGAAAUGCUUGAGAAAGAAUUGGACUCAAUCAAAGAACAACUACCCAAACUCGAUCAAGCUAAUCAAACAAAAAUGCUUGAGAAAGAAUUGGACUCAAUCAAAGAACAACUUCCCAAACUUGAUCAAGCUAAUCAAACGGAAAUGCUUGAGAAAGAAUUGGACUCAAUUAAAGAACAACUACCCAAACUCGAUCAAGCUAAUCAAACAGAAAUGCUUGAGAAAGAAUUGGACUCAAUCAAAGAACAACUACCCAAACUCGAUCAAGCUAAUCAAACAGAAAUGCUUGAGAAAGAAUUGGACUCAAUCAAAGAACAACUACCCAAACUUGAUCCAGCUAAUCAAACGGAAAUGCUUGAGAAAGAAUUGGACUCAAUCAAAGAACAACUACCCAGACUUGAUCAAGCUAAUCAAACGGAAAUGAUUGAGAAAGAAUUGGACUCAAUCAAAGAACAACUACCCAAACUCGAUCAAGCUAAUCAAACAGAAAUGCUUGAGAAAGAAUUGGACUCAAUCAAAGAACAACUACCCAAACUUGAUCCAGCUAAUCAAACGGAAAUGCUUGAGAAAGAAUUGGACUCUAUCAAAGAACAACUACCCAGACUUGAUCAAACUAAUCAAACGGAAAUGCUUGAGAAGGGAUUAAACUCAGUCAAAGAAGCACUGUCAAAACUCAAUCAAUCAAACUUCGAUCAAGCUAGAAAAGUGGAAAUGCUUGAAGAAGAAUUAAACUCAGUCAAGGAAGCGUUGUCUUUAU